AUGAAGAGAAAACAUCCAGAGCAUGAGCAACACCGAGUGACAAAGAGGACACAGCGCCAACCAGCACCCAGAGAAGAUAGACUGAAUUCUUCGGUAUCGCCGACAGCGGUCUCGCCUACAGGAAGCAAUGAUGGUUUACCUUCGCCCGGAUCCGUGCAUUCCAGCCCAGGAGAGGAAACGAGAUUCGAUAGUGAUGCGGUCUGGCGCCCAGUGAUGCGGUAUCAGCAGCAGCAGUUUGACCGUGGCCACCCCACGGAAACCCAAAAUAUUGCUACGCCAAGGACCGGGAUAGCCAAGACACAACCAACAAGAGACCUGUUACAACACCAAUCGGCGACGAGCGACUCUGCUCUCAUCGAUCAGAUUGUCCAGGAUGCCACAGAUCUGGAGCGGAGCCUACUAUUAGGUACAUCCUUUUUGAAGCCCACCAAUCACCUUGAAAAUCAACUACAUCCGAUGGCCACUUCACAAGCCGAGACGCUCAAUACAAGUCUAACCGAGUACAAUUUCAACCACCCGAUUUUAGAUAGGUUGUCACCAAAUGACAUACCUCAACUCCAAGACGAUUGGGCCCCGACUGCUGUACAAAUCUCGCGAGGCUGUAAUCUAUUUUUCGCCUCAGUCUCUCAUUUCCUCCCCUUUCUCCAUUCCUCGACUUUUGAUCCGACACAAGUUCCCCCGCAUUUGGUCCUCAGUAUGCUUUGCCUCGCCUAUCAAUAUGGCGAGGACCCAGAAUGCGGGGACCAAGAAGGCUCAGGCGAAAGCUUUUCUAUACGUUGCUUUCAUAAAGCUCGAGCUCUCCUUGCUUCUGAUGAAGACAGGCCCGACGCUUCAACAAUGAUCACCACACUGGUCCAAUCAUACCUGCUCCUUGAAAUCUGUGCCAUGAUGUACCUCUGUGGCGACAACUCAUCAUGCGGCCUCAAGAUGCAUUCGCAUAUAAUCUCCCUAGCUCGCGCUGGAAGAAUGACACAGCCAAUGACUAUUGAGACUGGUGCGACCGCAGAUUUGGAGUCUUUAUGGCGGGAAUUCGUUAAAGCCGAGUCGCACAAACGGACCCUCUUCGCAGUGCAUCAGAUCGACGCGCUUUGGUACCAAUUUCUCUCCAUUCCUCGCUCAAUCUCACACCUGGAAAUCAAGCAUGACAUGCCUUGUCCAGAAGACCAAUGGUCAUCAUCCUCUGCUGCUGAAUGGGCUCAUCGACAACUUGUUGCAAGAAAUUCCGGCCCCUCGGUCACAUACACCGAUGCUGUUCGACGCUUCCUUUCUUCUGAUGACGAUGUCGCCUCAAUUUCACCAUUUGAUCCAUACGGUGCCAUCAAUGUUGCGCAAUUUCUGAUCUCUAGCGCCCGUGAAAUCUCAGGCUGGUCCACGAUGACGGGAAUGCUCAGUAUGGAACGGUUCGGUGCAUUAAGAUCAUCCCUUGUCGCCCUUAACCCGUUCAUAUGCCCCGGAAAUCACAUAGCACAAAUGAAACAGACGACUUCAUGUGCUGCAACUUGGGAGACUGCCAUGAUUGAGCUGCAGAUGUGGUCACCAUCCCAUACCGGCGGCAUUGUAGAAGGAAGCAUAGAUGCCGUUCUCAGUCAGUCAACAUACUUGGGACCGUCACAGUUCCUGUGCGAUGCCAACACAGCCAAAGCUAUACAACCGCAUGUCAACUGGUUCCUACGAUAUCUCGAUAGAACACUCAUAAUGGACACUGAAGCGCCAUGGGUUACUUUGUAUGCGUAUAAAGCCUUUUUGAUUGCCUGGCAGUUAAUACAUGCCGGCCUACCUGGUUCAAUGGAUGCCGUGGGUGUCCAUGAUGGUGAUAUGGAGGGAGCUCUGAUGUGGGCGAGGAAGGUCUUUCAGCGAAGACAGAAAUGGCAGAUUGGGAAACUCAUCUUGUCAUGUUUGGAUGAGUUAGACAAAUGA